AUGUCGGGAAAGCGUGGUCCGAAAGUAAAAUUGACCGAUUCAGAGAGAAAAAGACGCAAAAAGGAGAGAAAUGCAACCGUGAACAAAUGCAGAAUAUCAAUUGGGGAUCAGAUUGAGCGAUGGGAUGAAUUAAAAAACCAAUUAGCCAUUGAGAAUAAUGCUGAAAUGGCGAAAGUAUUACUGGACUGUUAUGCUGAGAAAAACUCUCGUAAUCAGACUACGUUGAAGACUAAUGUCGUAAAUAAUAGAGGGAAAUUUGUUCCACAUGGCACUUCAACACCUGCUCCAUUUAAAAUCGCCAGGAGAGAUUCAGAAUCUGAAAUUUCGAUUAUAUCAACAGAUGAAUUUAAGAAAAGAGAGGAGAGUGAAAUUUCUGGAAUUGAGGACAUUGAUUCUGUUGGUGCCACAAGUAGCAGUAGGAAAAUUUCGUGUCAUCCAUUUUCAAGCAGUUUCUUGGAUCCUUUUGAUCUCACUGUGUAUUCAUCUGAGGUGCAAGAUGACAUAGAGGAUGCAGUGGAUGAUGACUAUGAACCAAGUUUUCAUCUUUCACUGAGACUGGAUCAUGGCAUUCUGCCCAGUGAAUCCGAGGAUGAGGAAGAUGAAGAAAACGUUCAAGAGACUGAACAAGAAGUAGAACUCGGUCCAAACAUUAAGAGACUGAGAACAAAUGAUGAAAUCGGGACACUACUUGAGGAUCACCCGGUCUUUGUAAAUACUCAGCAAUUAAUGGAACUUGCAAGGACAACAGUGCCCCCCACUUGCAAGGUGAAAGGAUGUGGCGAGAUUGUUCAAAUGAAUCUGCAAACAGUAUCCUCUGCAGUCUACCUUAAGUGGGUUUGUGGGAAAGGGCAUACUGCAAACAAAUGGAGUUCACAGCCCCUUUUGAACAGAGGCCUGCAUAGCACAGAUGUUUUGAUAUCAGCUGCCUUAAUAGCUUCUGGAAACAACUUCCAAAAAAUGGCAAUGUUUGCAAAGUUUCUGAAGAUUCCUUUCCCUUCACAAUCAUCAUUUUGCAAGAUUCAACGGACUUAUGUAUUGCAAAGCAUUGACCAGAUAUGGGAAAUUCAUCAAAAUGAAAUCAUGAAUGAAUUUCAAGGGAAGAAUCUGGUGAUUUUAGGGGAUGGGCGCAUGGAUAGUCCAGGCCACUCAGCCCAGUUCUGCACCUACACAUUUAUGGAAAACACCACUCACAAAAUUCUCCAUAUUGUUGUCAUGGAUAAACGCAUGACAGGGGGGAAGAGCGCAGUACUGGAGAAAGCCUGUUUUCAGAGAGGAUUACAAUUUCUUCUUGACAAAGGCCUAAUAAUUUCAGAGAUUGUUACAGAUGCCCAUGUUCAAGUCGAAGCACUGAUGAAGAGAGAAUAUCCACAUAUCAAACAUUCUUUUGAUAUUUGGCAUGGCUGUAAAAAUCUGGGAAAGAAAAUCAUUCAGGCAGGGCAAGAGAAAUCAAAACGCCCCUUACUACAGUGGACAAGAGAAAUUGUCAACCACUUUUGGUUUUGUGCAGACACAGCAGAGACAGAGGAUGAAUUUAUUGGUAUGUGGUUGGGUGUUAUUCACCAUGUUGUAAAUCAACAUGAGUGGAUAUUACCAUAUCGCAUUGGUUCCAAAAGUUCGUGCAUGCAUGGACCACUGACAGAAGAACGCGAAAAGGGGUGGUUAGAGGCUGGAUCACCAGCCCAUGUUGCUGUAAGGGACAUAGCAAAAGAUAAAAGACUCCUGAAAAAAAUUCCAUAUUAUUUGAAUUGCAGGAGUACAGUUGUCUUAGAGAAUUUUCAGAACCUUAUUCUGAAAUAUUCCUCUAAAAGACAUUCCUACACACCACCAGUGUACAAGGGAAGAAACAUUAUAGCAGCUCUGGAUCACAACUGUAACUGUAACAGAGACACCUUAAAGAAUAAAGAUGGAUCCUUGAGACACCAGAGGUACUACAGUAAGAAGAGUGGGAGAUGGGCAACUUAUGAGGUCAAAAAGUCCAAAAGCUACCCAUAUACAGAGGACCUCAUGAGGAAAUGCCUGGAGAAUAGACUGUUGGAUGGGAUUGGUAUGAACAGACCAGUUAUUCUCGAGGCUGAUGACCCUAGGAGAAUCUCUUCAGUUCUGGCACCAAUCCCACCACCACCAACAUCUCAGCUUGUAGCCGAGAAAAAAUCCAGAUUCACUGAGAAAAUUGGUGAUUAGCAUAUAUUCCCCCUAGUCCAUCACACCUUCCAGAUACCCAACAUAUUGUCCCGAUGGUUCUGGGAAAGUGUCUCUGAUCCGCCAUACACAACAGCUAGGGAUGACUUUUCUGUUGCCUGCCCCAAGUUUGCCAUGGACCCACAUGAUGAACUGUCUGUAGGCAGCAUACCUCCGAGAUCUG